ACCCGGCCCAUCUCACAACACUGGUGCAGCUGCAAGUGUGCAGGUGCAGUGAGCAGUGACAGCAAGUGUAAGACAUAUGUAUAUUUGUAUUACAUACAUACGAAAUACUAGGCACUAAAAUCUUGAAGCAACGAACAGAAUAGAUCAAGAAAGAUGUUGAAAAAAUUAAAUAAUAUUACGGAGAAUAUACACGGAACUCUUAUAAUGCAAUGAUGAACUUAAUAUUUAAUAUUGAUAUCGCGUUCGAUGCUCGUACGCGAAAAAUGUAAUCGACCUAACCUAACAAGGCGGUUCGCGUCCUAAACAUAACCUACUAAAAUACAACGAAAAGAUUGUCUCAGAAACAGAAAUCAUAUGAUAACACAUAAAGUUAUUGGUACCCAAGUAAAGGGAAAUAGGAAGUGAAAGUGUAAAUACCCUCUUAUAAAUAAAAAAAAAAAAAAACGAAAAGAUUGGCAAUAUCGAUAAACCGAUAUUUCAUACGAUCGAAAUACGUAUAAUUUUCGAUUGAGACAAGAUGGGUCGACGCAAGAGCAAACGAAAACCACCCAGCAAGAAGAAAGCUAUUCAACCGUUGGACACACAAUUUAAUUGCCCGUUUUGCAAUCACGAGAAGUCAUGCGAAGUUAAGAUGGACAAGUCGAGAAGUACUGCCAGAAUAACUUGCAGGGUGUGCUUGGAAGACUUUCAAACAACAAUAAAUUUAUUAUCGGAACCUUUAGAUGUAUAUAAUGAUUGGAUUGAUGCUUGUGAAAAUGCAAAUUAAAGAUAGAAGAUUUCUACAUAUAUGUUAUAGGUGAUAAAAUUCUAGUGUCACAUUUUUAAGAUUUUUACUCACUAUCUUUCAAAUAUAAGCUAUGUUUUAUAAAGAAAGAUAUAUAUUCUUUAAUACUGCGCUAAAUGUUGCUUUGUUCGAUUGUAAAACAAUGUAUCAUUUAUUUAUAUUAUAAAUGUAUGCACAAUAUUGUUAUAAUAAAAGAUGGUCUUGAUCUUCUAUAUGAAAAUACGAGAUCUGUUACACAUAUAUACACAUUUAGUCACAUUUAGCACUUAAUAAUAAUGUUAGGUAUGUAAUCUUUAUGAUAUAAAAUGUUUAGAUAAAACCUUAUUAUGUCACACAGAAUAUAAAUAUUUUUGGACACAUGAUUAUAUAAUAUACGUGUGUUUGUGACUGUAA